CCGGCGUGGUUUGCGUCCCUUCUGUAUGCUCUUUGUAAAGUAGAGAGUGUGUAUGAAUUCUUUCCUUUCUAAUAUUUAAACCACGUGGUGGUUAUUAUAUUAAUUAAAAAUGGAUAAUAUUGGAGAGAUUGAUUUAGUUAGUCAUAACGAAUAUAAUAAAUCUGCUAUACUUAUGAGGAUGUCCGAUGAUGUCUUGAGCUUACUUGAAAAAUAUGCUCUUAACCAGAAUGACUCUUCAUCCAAGCUGACAAUAAAAUUUGAUGAUUCAACUGGAGUUAUAAGAAUACCAAAUGAUGGAAAGGAUGAAGUUUUUAAUUUCAGCUUUACAGGUAGCACAGCAGGCCGCGAUUCAACUUAUUGUGUCCAGGAAACAGAGAACAGAACAUUGGAAGCUGUAGCCCUUGUGGAGCGACAAAAAAUCAAUAUUAAGCCGAGUGUUAAUAGUUUUGAAAAAACUAGAUCAAAAAUAGCAAAUCAACGUAAAAUAAACCGGUGCAGAGAAGUUGAAAUGCCGAAUUCACUUACUAGGGCCAAGAAAGUAGCAGUAAAACGCUCAAGAACUUGCACAAAUGCACCUAAUUCUGUGACCAUAAAUGGCAAUGAAAAGAAAAAGUUUAUGCCCUAUAAGGGUUUUGAUAUUGUGAGCCAACCAUUAAGAAAAAGGAUUAUACAUAUGUUAGCUUUAAAACCUUGUAAAAAAUCAGAAAUUCUGGAUAGGCUGAUGAAAGAGGGUAUCUCUGAAUUUCAGAAGAGUAAAUUAAUUGUCAUAUUAUAUGAGGUUGGUUUUUUGAAGAAUGAUAUAUUUCAUUUGGAUCCCAAAAUGUGGAAAGAAGUUGAAGAUGACUGGAGUUUUUAUUCAGCAGAAAAUGCAGCAAUUGUUCAAAGAAGGAAGCAAAAGGCGUCUCAAACUGGUGUAAUUCUAGAACCCCAAAAUCCACCAAAUGUUCUACCUCCAAAUAAACGCUCAUUAGUAGAUGAAAUCAUUGCCGGUUCUACGCCUAUCCAAAAGAAACAGAAGACAAUUGUUAAAGAAGAAAACCCUGGUCUUCCUUCUUUAGCACAAUAUGCGAUGAGGAAUUCCACACCUAAGAAUAGCACAAGUCCUACUUCUGAAUCCAAAGAAUCUAACAUUGAAGUUACAUCUCCUCCAUCUUCUAAGAAGAAGCGUAAAAAGAAUAAAAGGAAGAAGAGAAAGAAAAACAAGUUAUGUUUGAGCAAUUCGGAAGUUAAGAGUUAUUUGCCUUCCACUGUAAUAAAUACGACAAACCCUGUCCUUCUUAAAGAUUCUUGCCUGGUAAAGAAAAUUACUAGUCCUCCAGUAGCACCGUCUUCAACAGUUGAUGACACAACAUUAGAUGCUAAUAGAGUGUCUUUAAAUAACUCUGGUUCAUUUUUUUCCUUUAGAAAUGAUUCUUCUUUGGUACAAAAAACAAAAGUUCCAUUUCUGAAAGAGACUCAAAGUAAUAAUACUUCGCAAAUUGUGGGGAAACCUACUCUUUCUCCAAAAGAAUUUCAGAAUUUGGAUUCAUUUAAUCCGAAAUCGGAAGAAACUCGUAAAAAAGACAUUUUUCCAUCAACUGUUGUGAAAUUAUCUGAACCUCCUGUAACAAGAACACAAGAACUUUCUUCACAUUCUGCUUCUUCAUCCUCACGUUCUGCUGUUGUGAAAUUACCUGAACCAUUUCACAAACAAGAAGAGUUUGUACCUACUGAUUGCAUAAGAAUUUCUGAAUCUCCUGUAACAAGAACACAAGAACUUUCUUCGCAUUCUGCUUCUUCAUCCUCACAUUCUGCUGUUGUGAAAUUACCUGAACCAUUUUACAAACAAGAAGAGUUUGUACCUACUGAUUGCUUAAGAAUUUCUGAACCUCCUGUAACAAGAACACAAGAACUUUCUUCGCAUUCUACUUCAUCACAUUCUGCUUCUUCAUCCUUACAUUCUGCGUCGUCUUCUUCAUGUUCUGCUUCUGCUUCUUCUUCAUCCUCACAUUCUGCGUCGGCUUCUUCAUGUUCUGCUUCUGCUCCUUCACAUUCUGCUUCAUCAUCACAUUCUAUACUGUGUAGUAUAUAUAAAAUUCUAUCUAAGCAAAUUAUCAAGUCUGCAGAUCAUGAUGCUAAUGAUUUUAGAAGGAAAUUUCCUAAAAUUACUUCUUUGGAGCAGAGAAACAGAUGUAAAGAACUUUUCGAUUAUGAAUACUCUAGUUACAUAGUAUUAUUAAAAUCUGUGAACAAGGCAAUUGAAAGAAUGAAUGAUUUAGAAGAAAAUUUGAAAACUUUAAAAGAAGGAACCCAAGAAUAUGAAGCUGCUUUGUUGAAAUUGUUUCAAGUUUAUAAAAUGUACCUGGAAAAUUCCCAGCACAGAGAAUGUAGUCAAUUAGUGUCUCGUUACCAAAAGAAAUUAUCUUACAUAAGAUCUCUUAUUCUUGAAUUUGACAAUGAACAUUAUGGAAAUUUGUCAUCAAAUAAUUCUGAAUAAUUUUUAUUUUACUUUCUAAUUUCCUUUUGGAAGGAAUCGAGAUAGCUAUGUAUAUAUUAAUUAGAAUGUUCUUAAUGCCAUUUGUUACUUGGUGCUUGUCUUGCACCAAACUUUUUAAAACAAUCUUCUCCUGGCUGUAUUUAUUUUGUAAUAGAUAUUGAUUUCUAAAUGCUUCUCUUUCCCCAUUUCUAGUUAUUGUCCAUUUUCAUGUUGUUAAAUUAGUACCUUUCCCCAUUAUCACCAUCAAAUCAAAGGUAUUCAUUUAUUAUGAAGAAAAGCUCUUAUUGUAUGAUUUUUCUUUAUUAAAUAUUAAGCAUGUGGUAACAAGGUGUUGUAAAAAUUUUUCAUAGUGAAUUCUGCCAUAUAUUUAGAAGCCGUAAAUCAUUUCCAUAACAUCUGUUUCUUUAUGAGAUUUAGCGUAGAAUGAUUAAAAUAUGUGAAUUUCCUUUUCUUGAAAGGAAGCUUGUUUUAUGAAUUUGAAUUUGAGAAUUCGAAUCUAGUCGAUGUUUCAGUUUUGUGACAUUUUUUGAGCGACUAAACAAAGAAAUUUCCUUUAUAAAAUCUGUAAUCUGAAAAAAGAAGAAAAAAAAAUUUGUUUUUAACUAAAUUUUAGGUGAAGAAGGCUAGAUAUUUGUACAAAACUUCAGGCUAUGGAUGUUUGUACAAAAUAUAUUUGUGUGAAACAUUCUAGUCAAUGUUGUAAUAAGUUCCUAUAAAAGCAUUUAUAAAUAAUUAUUUAUUAUAAGAUGGGCAAAUAAAUGUUUGAAAUCUUUUAUUGGGUUCUUAUUAAUUAAUAGAUAAAA